UUUAUUUUAUUCGUGCCGUGUUAGUUUAUUCUCUAAAGAUCAUUAUAAUGUCUGGCCGGGGAAAGCAGGGAGGUAAAGCUCGGGCUAAAGCUAAGUCUCGCUCUUCUCGUGCUGGGCUGCAGUUUCCUGUGGGUCGUGUUCAUCGGCUGCUGCGCAAGGGGAACUACGCGGAGCGAGUGGGAGCUGGUGCUCCCGUUUACAUGGCUGCAGUGCUGGAGUACCUUACUGCUGAAAUCUUGGAGCUCGCUGGCAACGCCGCCCGGGACAACAAGAAAACCCGUAUCAUUCCUCGGCACUUGCAGCUGGCCAUCCGCAACGACGAGGAGCUGAACAAGCUGCUGGGCAAAGUCACUAUCGCUCAGGGUGGCGUACUGCCCAACAUCCAGGCGGUACUGCUGCCCAAGAAAACCGAGAGCCAUAAAGCCAAGGGAAAGUAAGCAGGUUACUACUGCUGCUGCCGCCUUAUAGGCGAGGGCGAUUUCUCCACUUAAUAUCUCAACCCCAAAGGCUCUUUUCAGAGCCACUCACAGCAUCAGGCAGAGAGUUGUUAAUCCCUUUUGUGUCGCCUUGGUGUUGGUUUUUUGGGGGGUGUUGGUAAGGAAAAAUGAACAAUCAAAUCAGUAAAGAUACCAGUACUCUCCCGGGAGAAAACGGGUGGGUAAAAUAUACAGGAACCCAAAUGUUCUUCAGGAAAACAC